UACUACUUCAGUCCCUUCACGUAUGAGCUGUAGUUUGUCAUGACGUGCUUUAUAUUAUAAAAAAAAAUGAACACCAACAUGAAUAAACCCAACACGAACAAGGCGGCGCAGAUCGAAGUUCCAAAGCAUCUUACUUUAACAGUGCUUUUAUCGACGAGUUUGACAAUUAUUUUGUCGGUGACUUAUGGAAUUCUUAGUCUCCUGGCCAUCAUAUCCCGAAGUAAUUGCAAUUUAAACUUGUCCUUAGACACCGAGCCACAACGUUAUCUUAUUAAUAUGAUCGUCAGCCUUUAUAUUCAAAGUGAAAACUGCAAUAACACAUUGUCAUUACCUGACAUAACGACACCGCAAUCAGUGUUCAUUCUUUCAAUUCUUACUUUAGUGGCGUGUGUUAUAUGUUUGAUCGCGGCAUGUUCACUGAUCUCAGUCGUAUUAUCUGAAAACUACAUGCGCUACAUAAACAUAGUGGCAAACUUGUACGUGUGCUGCUGUGCAGCGUCUUUCGUUAUCGACCUCACUUUUGGAAUACAUUUUGGGUUGGACUACAGUACCUUUAAUAACAUGAUGGAAAGUCUUCCCCCGGGUGACCUCAGAAUCGUCGUACCGGUUUUGGGUCGUUUGGGUGCUUUCUUGCUCAUGGCACUAACUUUAAAGGCGUUUCUUGUGCCUGUUAUCAACAUCGCGCUACUGAUUUUACUCGUUGUGUACGCGGCUAAUUUCCAGAAACAUUUGCAAACAAAUGAGCAUUCCAUCCACAGUGUUGGCGCAUUGAACGCUUAUGACCAAAAAAGACGAAACGGAAACGACCCCUGGCAAGUACAAAAUGGCAGCAUGUAUUUAAAUUCUUCACGAGGCCCUGAAGUGAACCCGUCAUAUGUAAGUGACGAUGACUUACGCUCGAGGACUCCAGUUAAUCGUCGGGAGCCUCCUAUGUCAGACUACAGUAACCGUUCUUUCGAACGCUCCGAGUCGUGGCACACGCCUGGUGCAUCCGGUUCCCGUCCCUUCUCGUAUCUAGAAGAGCCUAAGAGACCGAUUCCAGUGAAACCACCAACAUCGCCCGUCGUGGAGCCUCAGUGGCGCCGGGAAGAGCCCCAGUGGCGCAAAGAGUGGUCACCAGCCGUACCCGCCCCCGACUACAGCCCUACUUCACCUAGGCGACUCAAAUCUGCUCUGAAACCUUCCUAUAUGUAAGGGCAGUGCCUCCAACAAAAAGGUUUCUUAUCCAGCC